AUGACAAAUCAAUUAGUGACAAAAGGGCCCUUGUAUUGGGCCGUGCCUUUGACAUUGGUUGCUGCCACUGUGUAUAUCUCAAAGAUCAAAGCGUCUUCCAUUUCAGGAUCAUCACAUCCGUUGAAAUUUGUACCCUCUGGAGAACCCAAGUUUGAUUCAGCGAACAUGGAUCGCAUUCGGGCAGAGUGGCGCCAUAGAAACAAUGGCAUUGGAUUGAGAGAUGUUAGCCGAAGUGGUGGAGGCGUCUAA